GACUUCAGUUAAUGUUUUGAACUUGGAUCAGUUAACUUGGAUUCUCAUUCAUCUCUCAUUUCAAUUUCUCGAUAUUUUCAAUUCUUUUAUUUUCUCUCAUUAUUUUCACCAUGAUACUCAAUCUAAUUUACUUAUUCUGUGUAAACAGUUUCCUUCAACUUACAGUUAUAAUUGUUAUUAGUUCAGCUAAUCCAUCGAUAUCUUUAUCAUCAUCAUCAUCUGAUUCAGUUAAUCAUCUUAAUCUAAAUAAUCAUAAUAAACUUGAUCUUGGUUCCUGGCAGAGGUGCAUCAAAAGUUGUGUCUGUGAUAUGGAUGAAACUAAAAGGAAAAGGGUAAUUUGUGAAUCAGGUAAACUUACCAGGAUACCUACUAAUUUAAUUGAUCCAUCGACAAAGAUAUUGAUUGUUGAUGGUAAACCGGAUCAAGAAAACAGCCUUAAUUUGGGUAAAAUUUUCAAUGGAUUAACUGAAUUAGAGGAGAUUAAAAUUAGCCAUUCACGAUUACCUGCCAUCGGCGAGUCGUCUUUCUGGCCUGGUUAUCAAUUGCGAUCUCUUGAUCUCAGCUACAAUUCCAUUGGCAUUUUAUCACCUCACGAUUUUUAUAACCUUUCCCGUUUAAUUAACCUUGACCUGAGUAAUAAUCGUCUAGAUGAAUUCAAUAUUCCCUCGGCUCCAUUUAACUUUCUAAUUUCCCUGGAAAAGUUGAGCCUUGCUCGGAAUAAGAUUCGGUCACUUGUACCACGAAUGUUUUACCCGCUCUCCCAACUGACCAAUCUUGACCUGUCGGGAAAUCCACUUAGUGAAAUCAAAGCGGAAUAUUUUACCGAUCUUCCAAUUUUAAAUCAUCUUUCCUUGGAAAAUUGUGGCCUCAAAGAUAUUCCCGCUUCCGUUUACAAGAAUCUUAACAAUCUAAAUUAUCUUAACCUAAAGGGUAAUCAUCUUAAUUAUUUAACCUCAUUUGGUUUCAGAUAUUUAACCAAUUUGAAAUACCUUCAUUUAGAUGGUAAUAAGAUAACGGUACUUAGUGACCAUGCCUUUGAUGGACUUCAAUUAACUCAUCUUGGGCUCUCUUCAAAUUCAUUAACUGGCCUUUCAACGUGUACAUUUUGUUCAUCGACAGUUGAUUCACUUGAUCUGUCCCACAAUUCAAUUCGUGGUAUAGUUGACACCCUAUUGGAACCAAUUUCCAAUUUGACAACCCUUAAUUUCAACAAUAAUCCCAACCUUUAUAAUCCAGGAAACUCAGUGGCAAAUUUGAUUCGUCCCCUGAAAAACCUUCAACAUCUUUCAUUAGCUGAAACUCAACUGGACGAUAGUCUAAACGAGUCAACCUUUAACAGGUCAUCUUCACUUUUACACCUUGACCUUAGUAGGAAUAAAUUUACCACCCUUCAAGCUUCACUAUUUAAACCACUUUACCAUCUUGAAGCAUUAAACUUAUCUCAUAAUCUAUUAUCCACCCUGGAAUCCUCAGUAUUGGAAACCUUUGAUUCCAUGACAACCCUAAGGUUAAUUGCUCUUCACAAUAAUCCCUGGUCUUGUUCACGUUGUCACAUUUUACCGUUAAUCAAUUGGCUCAAUCAACUUCCAUCCGCUUAUUCUGCCCUUUGCGUUCAAAAUGGUCACAAUGCCGGUAAAUUUUGCGUUAAAUGUUCAUCACCUAGUCAACUUGAAGGUCGACCCAUUUACACAAUUUCCGAUGAUGAUAUUGAUAAUUGUCAAUAUAACACCAAGAUUCAGAUGAGACUCACUUACCCACAGCCCAAAAUCGGUAUGGUUUUAGGUUUCCUUGUGGUCAUCUCGUUGACCUUUCUAAUUAUCAUCAUUGCAUUAAUUUACCGAAGACAAGGAGCCGUUUAUUAUACUAAUGAAAAAGAGACCGCUGCCCAUCCUUGCCUAGCAAUACCCGAAGAUAAUACAAUCGAUGACAAUUUUAUCAUCGAUUGUACAACCGAUGGUUCAGAUUGUUUGAAACAACAAUUAACUAACCAAUCAGAUAAAAUGGUCACUUCCUGUUCACCGGCCAUUAUAUUGGACAGGCCAAAUUCACCAAUCUAUACCUCUUACCAUGAUACUGCCAUUAACAAUCAACACCUUAAUCACCAUCAUCAUCAUCAUUAUAUUACAACAAUUAACAAUCCAUCCAAUUUAUCACCUUAUUCAACUUAUACCUCAUUUGAGCCUCGAUUAAGGUAUUAGACGAUUUAGUUAUUAAACUAAUUAUUUAAAUUGUGUGUAAUUAUCAUCAUCAUUUUAUUGAGAAUAUUUUUUAUUAUUAUCAACAUCAUCUUCAUCUUUUAAAUUGUUUCACUUUGAUUAACUUUAAAUUGUAAAUCUAUUGAUAAGCAAAUCAUCAACAAUCAACUAAUACAAGUAUAAAAUCAGUUAAUCAAUUUGCUUUUUCAUGUACAUAAAAAAAAAUUAUAAUUAUCAACAAAAUUAUAUUGUUAU